CAGUCGCAGGGCAGGGACUUGCUGGCUCAGGGUAGGGGGUGGGGGCAGGGAAUGGGGCGCAGGGCCUGUCCCCUCUAGGGGGCGCGGGGCCUGAUCCAGUCCCAGGGCCGGGACUGGCUGCUCAGGGUGGCGCGGGGCCUUUCCCCCCGCAUGCCAGAUGGGGCCUGCAGCCCCCAGAGGGGCAUCUGGGCUCAGCAUUGGGGGACUUCCAGCAGGAAUCUCGCUGCCCCCCUAAAUGUGGGGGAGCCUGGCUGGAGGCCCCAAUCCCAUCUUCAUGACUUGUUCUCUGCUGCCCUGGCAUCCCUUGGCCAGCUGGGGGGCGUGGGAUUUGGGGUCCCCUGUGGGGCAUCCCCUGCAGGGCUGGUGGGGUGAAGGUGCAGGGGUGCCUGGCUGGAACGUGGGCUGCAGCCCCCCUAUUCUGGGAAGGGGGCCCCGCACUAGGGCAGUUUGGGGGCAGCGGGGGGGAUUCUGUCUGUGCCACCUGCUGUCUGUCAAUAAAGCUCUCGCCAUUCCUCAGGCUGCGUCCUUGGGGGCGGCGCCCGGGCUCAGCUGUCGCCGCGCGUCACUGGUGGGGGAGGCCAUGGCCGGGAGCGGGGGCCGCCUGCCCCUCGCCCUGCUGGCCACCGUGGCCGGCUGGGCGCUGGCCCUGGCGCGGGGCCUGGUCUUCCUGUGCAGCGAGCACUGCGCCUGGCUCCUGGGCGCCCCCUGGCUGCGGCGGGCGUAUCACGCCUGGCUGGCGGGCGCCGUGGUGCUGGGGCCCCUGCUGCACCCCCUGGCCGACCCCCACGCCGUCCUCGCCAACCAGCGCAACUACUUCAGCCGCACCUUCGUGGCCUCGGCCUGGGGCUGGACCUGCCUGCUGGCGGGCGGCUUCUCGCUGCUGGUGAGCUACGGGGCGACGGGGCGGGCGCUGGCCGCGCUGCGGCCGCUGGCCCGGCUGGCCGUGGGCUCGGCGCUGCAGCUGGCCGCCGCCGCCGCCUUCGGGCUGCUGGAGGAGCCGACGGGCGAUUGCUACGCGGCGCUGCUGCCCCCGCGGGCCGAGCGGCCGGGCUACCUGCCCCCGCGGGCCGAGCGGCCGGGCUGGGCCGCCUUCCUGCUGACCUUCUGCUGCCUGCUGCUGGCCGAGGAGCUGGCCGUCUUCCGCCGCUACCUGGCCCGCGGCCACCCGGCCGGCGCCGCGCUGCGCCUGGUCUUCCUGCUCAACGUGCUGCUGCUGGGCCUGUGGAGCCUGCUGCUGCUGGGCGGCGCCGUCUACGGCCCGGCCUACGGGCCGCAGCUGGGGGGCGCCGCCGCGGGCACCCUGGCCUGGCACCUCACCUACCGCGGCUGGUACCGCGCCCGCUGGUCCCCGGGCCGCCCGGGCCCCGGCCUGUUCCCCAGGGGCGAGCCGCGCGCCUGAGCGACCGGGGGGGCUGCCUGCUGGAGGGACCCAGGCGUCCUGGACCGUCCGUGGGGGAGGGAGCAGCCCCAGGACCCUGCUGCC